AUGUCGCUUGACGUAUUAAGAAAACGAGUAUUAUCGAACAACAAAGAAGAAAGAGUAGAAGUCAAUCAGAGACACUUGAUUGACAAAGUUCUCGCUAGGUGUGUAAAUAGAUUUGGGGACAAUCAACAAUUACAGUUUGUUAGUCUAAAGAAGAAACUAUCGAUAUUACCAAUACAGAUAUUCCUCAAAUUUUGUUGUGUUCAGGGAAUUAAUGCAAAACGCAGGUUGGCUAACAAUGAUGCAAAAUCAUCAAAAAUAGAGAUAUUCUUUGAAACAGGCGGAGCCGAAAAACCUGAUAAUGAGGCAAGCCUAUACAAAAAAUGCACCAGAAUAUUGUUCAAGAACAACGGGUUUGUAUUUAGGCCAGAGGAUUGGAAUCGUUUGAAGAAAAUAGCCGAGGGAAAUCCUGAUGAACAAAAGAUUGGUGCGUUCGGCGUUGGAUUUUACUCGCUAUUUUCAAUAUGCGAGGAACCAUUCAUCUUUUCCGGUGACCAUGGCAUGGGAUUUUAUUGGCAUAAUUGUCAAUUACGUGCCAAGUUUGGACCAACAGACCUUGAUAAUCAACGGACAACAUUUUUGAUGGAUCUCAGAGAACCCUUGCAAAUUCCAACCUUUGAUGAAUUCGGAAAAUUUCUAGCAACAUCGAUGAUAUUCACUGAAAACCUUCGUGAGAUAUGCGUGUACACAAACAAUACAGAAAACUUAAAACUAUCUAAGAGAGUAAUAGAUGCACCAGUUAUGGAAGUAGCCAAGGACGUGAAUACUUACUCACCACGAGGAAUAUUUUAUCUUAAAUCAAUUGAUUUACGACGUGUAGAAGUGCGGGUAGAACGUCUUAACAUAACACCGAACUCGAACAAAACUUUUAGUUGUCAAAUGGAGAAUGCAACCAUCCAUCUUCGUGUUGCAACUGGCCAUUUAGACGUAGACGUGACGGAGACUUUCUCAGCGGAGAUGGAACGUAGCAUUAAAAAGAAACCGCCAAUCACGACAGCAAUUCAAAUGCUGUUCCCAGAAUUGGGUGAAUAUAAACUUUCAGUUAUAGAAAGCCAAGCGACGGAGGAAGGUGUUUUUAAAACGUUGAAAGAUCUAUUACCGUAUCCGGAGCAAGGAAGAAUAUUUAUUGGUUUCCCGACGCAUCAGACGACUGGACAUUCAUCGCACUUGACAGCAAGAUUUAUUCCUACGGUUGAACGCGAAUCGAUAGACUUGGUGGAUAAAACGUUAGCCAUAUACAACGAAGAGCUACUGUCAAUGGCGGGAAUACUUACUCGCGUCGUGUAUGAAGAGCAAAUGGACCAACUAUCCCGCUUCUAUACUGACACAGUUAGCUCCAGGGUUGAUCCAGAUAGUAAAGAAGUGCAAACGGCACGCGAAUUGUUUCAAAAAAAAGCUACGCAAAUCCUUACUCAUUUUACCUUUCGUCCAAGUACACCUAACAACCACGUGGGCAUCAUAAUGGAAAAGAUGUUUUUUACCUGCUCCAACAAACCUCUGUCUGUCAUCUCUUCCGUCGGCGUCCUCCCUAUCCAAUCGGUAAGAUUGCCCGACGCCGAUAUGGCGGGAUUCAUCAAGGCAAUCCCCGUUGUUCCAAAGAAUGUGCUGAACGAUUGCAAAAGUUUCUUUGAUAAGGCCAAGGAACGAAGGAUGAUAAAAGGGAUCACGUUGGAAGACGUGUUGAACCUGGAACUGCAGGAGAGAACAUUGACCGAGGCAGAAACGACAGCGUUAAUGAAAUGGUGGAUUGGCUAUUGUACGAAUAGCCAAGUGUCGGAUAUGGAAAGAUCGCAAUUUCUGCUCCAGGCUACGACUAUUGUUAAUGAUAGAGUUUUGCCCUUGGCCAGUUUCAAGUAUUUCUUGAAUUCUAACUUGGCGGCGAUUGACAGUGAUUUCCCUAUUAACACGCUGCCAUAUACGAUUACCAGAACGCUUGCUAAAAAAUCCCUUGAAAUUUACUUUGGAAAUUACAGAGAGCUUCCGCUUCUCACUUGGGUAGAAUUUAUCCUUAAAACGCCGAAAAUGCACCAAAAAGUCGAAUCAGACGCGGCCUUUGCCGAAAACUUUCUCGGUAUCCUCAGUCGAUCCUUCAAGUCCCUCUCCACAACGGAUCAAGAGGCUCUCCAUACUUUGUUGAACCAAAAGAAAAUAAUUCCUACAAAAUACGGGAUGUAUAUUCCUGACCAGGCCUACUUGUCGUCAGUAACCAUCCUUCCGGACCUGCCCACAGUAUAUUUAAAAAAACCUCGACAUGUAGUUGAACCUUUUUUUACUUUUCUUGGCGUCCGCAAGCAUGUCGAGUUACAAUUAAUAUUUGACCGAUUAAUUUCCCAAGGCAAUUGGGAUCAUAUGAAUCUGGUAAAAUACCUGAUCUCAAGAGUUGAUGAUAUAGCGCCGGAUGAAAAGGAGAAACUACGAACGAAUGCAAUAUGGCCAUGUGAGGACGAACAUGAAAUAAAAAAGCAUUUGAUAUCUGAUUUGUAUGCUCCAUUGCUAGAGUUGAGGGAAUUGGGUUUACCAAUUAUUAAAUGGAAGAAAAGAUGGUCUGCCAAGCUGGCCGAAGCAACAUUCCUGACAAGUCUUGGCCUUCGUACAUACCCGUCCCUGAACCACAUCCUCUCACUGGCCGCUCCUCCAACUGAGUCCAAGUUUCGAUGCAAAGCUCUCGAUUAUUUUUUAACCCAUUUCAAAGAUUAUUACGCAACCGACUACACCCAUUCUGUAAAUAUAGCAUUCCUUCCUUGCGUUGACCCAACAAUAUAUGCUACGCCUUCCAACUGUUUUGUCAAUCCUGCGUGUUCAGAUAUCGGAUUCAAUGUUUUACGACAUGAUUUGCGUAUUCAUGCUGCAGAGUUAGGUGUAGAGCAGGAUCCGCCAAAAUUAGAACUUACGGAUAGGUUGAUCAAUAAACCGCCGAAAGAUGAAAUUGAAGCAAGGAAAGUGCUUGAAUAUCUUGCGACACAACUAGGAGUGUUUGAGAACGCUGAUUUGGAAGAGUUGGGUGAGGCCAAUUUUAUUCCUAUAAAGGAUGAGAAUAAAAUCGUGCACACUAAUCCGAAUAGCUGUCUGCUUGAGAGUCAGGAAGAGAGAUAUAAAGGUUUUUUCACUCAUGUUAACUUCGGUGAAAAGGCAAAUUUAUUUCUCAAGUCAUGUGGCGUACACUCCUCACCUUCUGCAGAAAAGCUUGCCUGGCGACUCGUCCGUUCUCCAAUCGAACUCCGGUCAAAAAUUGAUGAAGAUUUCAAACAUUAUAAAGAGUUUCUCCAUUCAAUUGCUAUGGGUCUUCGCACUAUACGGCAAAAACCCAAACUAAUGUCUGCAAUGGAACAAUCAUCCAUGUUCUUGGGAUGUAGGAUAGUAUCUUCUGAUGGAGAGGAUAAUAUGGAUUAUGUUUUUACCACAGCGCAACAAAUUUUUUUAAAUAAUAGUGACAAAUUACAGAGAAUGUUUGAUGUUUUGAUAUGCCCAGAGGAUGAUUUGGUUGAACAACUGUAUGAGCUACUCGGCAGUAUGCGGUUAAAGGAAAGUGUGGCUAUCUCACAUAAGUCGAAAGGCGAUGCAAUAAUCUCGGAACGAUCUGUCAAGCUCGAAUCCUUAUUAAGGGAACGUGUACCUUUAUAUCUACGCAAACAUGGCAGUCGAUCCCGCCAUGAUACCGAAUGGGUACAAAAUAUUUCUGUUAGAGAAGUUCAAGAAAUACAAAAAACGUACCUUCUAAUUCCAACGGGCCAGAGUAAAACUGAACAAACUUCGUGCUAUUUAAGCAAUAAUGAUGUCACAUCAGAACAUACAUUAUUAGUUACCGGAGGCCAACCCGAUUAUCUGGAAAUAGCAGCUAAUUUGGAUGCCGCUAUUUGUCUUAAACAAAGUACGAAAAAUUCAUUGGCUUUGUUUUCAAUGCUGACGAUGUCUCUAGAUAACUUGAGAAAGCUGGGGUGCCCUGUGGAUAGAAUAGCGAGGGAAAGUAAGAGACCUAAAACGAUUGCUGUCGACAGGGCGAGGGUAGUCUCGUCGAUAUGGCGUCGAACAGGUAAUCGGCAAAUUGGAAUACCAACACCGUCGACACCAGACGAUAUAGCGACAAUGAUACGCAAGGCUGUCACAUCUUUCAAAGCUUAUCCAGGUACUAUGAUUAAGAGUCAGACGACGAUUCAUCGGAUGGACGUGGAUUCGAACAGUUACCGUGAUAUUACGCCUGGCCAUUCGUUAGAGUUUAUCUGUCGCAUUAAUCAAAUAGAAGUCUAUGUAUCAACUGUCGGCUACGCCAACGUUGCAAACAUCAGGAUGCACCCAAAUAUUAAGAAAUUUACGAAACUUCUCGGCGAACUUUGCAACAUAUUUGAGCUGCCGUUGCCUACAGUUCAUAUAUUUUAUGAAAUCGGGCAAUCAAAAGCCUUUAAUCAUAAUGACUCGUUAUUCUUUAAUUUGUAUAUUUAUGAGAAACGACACGACGCUGUUGGGGAAAUGACUACAAUGAUAAACUGGUUCUUUACAUUUUGUCAUGAAUUAGCGCAUUACUUUGAGCCAUUACAUAAUGCAAGACAUGAGUUUUAUUUUUCAUCAAUUGCCGAGACUUACACACAAAAGUUAUUUGCAAAAUUGCAAGAUAAUUACACAGUCAGCCUGGAUAAGUCGGCCAAAGAUAUCUGCUCUCCGAUAAGUUGA